AUGUCAGACCCUCCAUAUUCUUCCCUCCAUCCCUGCUACUUCCAGACCCUCCUUGUACUUCCCUACAUCCCUGCUACUUCCAGACUCUCCUUGUACUUCCCUCCAUCCCUGCUACUUCCAGACCCUCCUUGUACUUCCCUCCAUCCCUGCUACUUCCAGACCCUCCUUGUACUUCCCUCCAUCCCUGCUACUUCCAGACCCUCCAUAUUCUUCCCUCCAUCCCUGCUACUUCCAGACCCUCCUUGUACUUCCCUCCAUCCCUGCUACUUCCAGACUCUCCUUGUACUUCCCUCCAUCCCUGCUACUUCCAGACCCUCCUUGUACUUCCCUCCAUCCCUGCUACUUCCAGACUCUCCUUGUACUUCCCUUCAUCCCUGCUACUUCCAGACUCUCCUUGUACUUCCCUCCAUCCCUGCUACUUCCAGACCCUCCAUAUUCUUCCCUCCAUCCCUGCUACUUCCAGACCCUCCUUGUACUUCCCUCCAUCCCAACUACUUCCAGACCCUCCUUGUACUUCCCUCCAUCCCUACUACUUCCAGACCCUCCUUGUACUUCCCUCCAUCCCUGCUACUUCCAGACCCUCCAUAUUCUUCCCUCCAUCCCUGCUACUUCCAGACCCUCCAUAUUCCUCCCUUCGUCCCUGCUACUUCCAGACCCUCCAUAUUCUUCCCUCCAUCCUUGCUACUUCCAGACCCUCCAUAUUCCUCCCUUCGUCCCUGCUACUUCCAGACCCUCCAUAUUCCUCCCUUCGUCCCUGCUACUUCCAGACCCUCCUUAUACUUCCCUCCAUCCCUGCUACUUCCAGACCCUCCACACUCUUCCCUCCAUCCCUGCUACUUCCAGACCCUCCAUAUUCUUCCCUUCAUCCCUGCUACUUCCAGACCCUCCUUGUACUUCCCUCCAUCCCUGCUACUUCCAGACCCUCCUUAUACUUCCCUCCAUCCCCGCUACUUCCAGACCCUCCAUAUUCUUCCCUCCAUCCCUGCUACUUCCAGACCCUCCUUAUACUUCCCUCCAUCCCUGCUACUUCCAGACCCUCCAUAUUCUUCCCUCCAUCCCUGCUACUUCCAGACCCUCCUUAUACUUCCCUCCAUCCCUGCUACUUCCAGACCCUCCACACUCUUCCCUCCAUCCCUGCUACUUCCAGACCCUCCACACUCUUCCCUACAUCCCUGCUACUUCCAGACCCUCCACACUCUUCCCUCCAUCCCUGCUACUUCCAGACCCUCCAUAUACUUCCCUCCUCCAGCUCCCUCCGCCACCAUUACUCUCCAGGCUGGCCCUGAAACUCCCCCGCCUGAUACUCCCCCGCCUGAUACUCCCUCGCCUGAUACUCCCCCGCCUGAUACUCCCCCGCCUGAUACUCCCUCGCCUGAUACUCCCCCGCCUGACACCAUCUCGCCAAGUACCACUCCGCCUGAUACUCCCUCGCCUGAUACUCCACCGCCUGAUACUCCACCGCCUGAUACUCCACCGCCUGAUACUCCACCGCCUGAUACUCCCCCGCCUGACACCACCCCGCCAAGUACCAUCCCGCCUGAUACUCCCCCGCCUGACACCACCCCGCCAAGUACCACCCCGCCUGAUACUCCCCCGCCUGACACCACCCCGCCAAGUACCACCCCGCCUGAUACUCCCUCGCCUGAUACUCCCCCGCCUGACACCACCCCGCCAAGUACCACUCCGCCUGAUACUCCCUCGCCUGAUACUCCCCCGCCUGACACCACCCCGCCAAGUACCACUCCGCCUGAUACUCCCCCGCCUGACACCACCCCGCCAAGUACCACUCCGCCUGAUACUCUGCUUCACCACCUUCCACAACACACAAACGACUCCUUCAUUACACGCUGA